GCUGUGGUGUUACGCUUUCGUUGUUACCAAAUAGUAGCUAAUUACUUGAUCACAUGUUUUUUACAGCUCUUUUCUUUUGAAUUAAAGUGCACUGUACAAUCAUUCUGCCUCUUGGGGUUAUUAUAAAACGUAGGUUGAAUGAUGCGGUUCGUUUUUUAAAACAUUACGGAUCAAAACGAGAACUUCAAAGAGUACGAGAUCUUCAAACUCCAUCAAUGAUUAUCAGUCAAUACCGCUUCCUGAAUCACCUAGAAUGAUUACGUUGGAUGUGUACAACACGGUCAAAUUAAUUGAGAACCACCCACUGAAUUAAAGGGUCAAAAUGCAAAUUACAGCAACAACUUCGUUACAUAACAUCCGCUAACACAGCAGGAGCUUCCCAGCUUAGACGGAAGUCAAAUCUGCUAAACUCAGCAGGGCUAAAGCAAUGCUAAACGAAAGACAAUUUAAAUAAAUUGUACUUGAAAAAUAACAGCUUAUAAUUCGUGGAAAGGGUUUGCAAAACCAUGGAACGAAAUUCAACAAUUUCUAGCCAUUUUAACCAGUCGGAACAUCAUAAACCUGGACUCCAGGAAAGAGUAGAAGUGAAAUACUUUUCCGGAUCAGACAUGAGUCAUAGCAACUAUUCAGACAGUAGAAUGAAUUCCUCGUUAGACAAUCUGGGUCCAAAUAUGGUUAACAUGGAGUACCUUGAAGAACAAUUGGAACUACUGAUGAAACUUCUGCGGGUGUCCAACGAUGAGAGGAUCGAAAGACACUUUGUUCACUAUCUGGAGAAGACUACCUCAAAGAACCCCCUCCCCUUCCCCGCAGGAGGCGUCACUGUCGCACCCAGCCCCCUAGACGAGUCGUUAUGGAAUCAGACAGGCGCGAUGAGUGGCGAUGACUCCUCCCCCUCCUCGCCCCUGGGGGCGGCCGUGUGGUGGGAGGACAGACCCCCCAUCGACUUCAUCUGGCCCCUGCUGCCCCUUCUCUUCUGCAUCUUAGUGUCCAUAGUGGGCAACUUCAUGGUCUGUCUGGCUGUGUGGAGGGAUAAGAAGCUGCAGAGCAUGACCAACUACUUCCUCUUUUCUCUCUCAGUUGCCGAUUUGGGGGUGGCCGCUUUCGUAAUGCCGCUCGCACUUGUCAACAACUUCGCAGGAUCGUGGGUCCUGGGUCCCAUAAUGUGCAAUCUAUGGACGACUAUGGACGUCACUUUCUGCACCUCCUCCAUACUACAUCUGUGCACCAUACAGUUAGACAGAUACAUGGCCAUACGGACGCCUGUCAGGUAUGGAGAGAUGAACAGAUCGAAAAAGUGGGCCACCAUCAAGAUGUUCUCUGUAUGGUUCCUGUCCUCCUGCGUGGGGGGCACUUUGUUCACCCUCUCUCUAAUAACACAGGCCAACUCGUACAGGAUGAUAGAAAGCGUGUUCAUAUGUGCUAUCUUCAGCGAACACAUUAUGCUCUACGGAUCCCUAGCUGCUUUCUAUAUACCCUUCUUCACCAUGAUGGUUCUUUACUCGCUCACAGUUUACGCCUUAAGGCAACGCAGUCUGAAGAACAAAAAACACGCGCCUAAAAUUGCCAAUGGAGGGCUAUCGGGUGGAGGUAAAGCAGGCCACCCAAAAGGCGCCCGGGCUAAACUUUACAUCGCUUUAAAAACCAAAAAGAGCAAAAAAGUGGCCUCGAACAAAACGAACAACGAUUUCGGAGGUGGAGAAAUCGAACUAUGUCCGGAGAAAACGGAGCAUACAAAAAACAACAAAGCAAACAAUAAGAACAAUAAUAGCACUCAAGCCACAACGUUUGCCCAGAAUGCGUCGACUAGUAAGCAGAAGGGAAUCAAUUCGUCUAAUAGCUCAUCGGCCAAUCGAGCACAUUUGGGUGCCAGCUCAACAAUAGUCACCAGUGCAGCUCAGAAGCGGAAACGAGACCAAAAAGAGAACGAGAGACGAGCACAGAUGGUCCUGCUUAUCGUGUUCGUAUCAUUCGUCUUGCUUUGGUUUCCAUUUUUUGCAAUCAAUAUUUUCACGCCAAUUUGCAAGUCGUGCGUCGAAAACCACAUAGGCCCGAAGGUAAUUGAAUUCACGACUUGGAUGGGGUACAUUUCGUCGAUGCUGAACCCGAUUAUAUACACGAUAUUCAACCGGCUUUUCCGAGACGCAUUCGUCGAUAUCAUUCUGUGCCGAAACCCGAACGAAAGAAGACUCAACGCUGUAAGAGGGAGAAACAGAUAAUCAACAUUAUUAGAAGAAAGUUUCAGAAAAUCAGUAAAAUUUCAAUAAUUUUGACAAAUUUGUAAAGAUCAUCCCAAAUAAGGUGCUUUCAAGCCAGUAAAUAUAAAAUGAAACAGAAAAUCAUCUAGUUGCAAUUUAAAAUUAAAACUUAAUCACAGUGGAAAUUUUGAUAACUGGAAACCGCAUUGGCAUUCAUUUGUUUUCGUUCAUAUUCUGUCUUUUAGAAGUUGUCUGCUAUCUUGGCAUAGU